AUGUUCUCUGUGCGCCAGUCCAGAGAAGAUGAAGAUGACAACAGAAAAAGUAAGGAGUUGAAUGGAGCGGUAUCCAAGGACAAUUAUGAAACCCCAAAUAACCUUGUGUCCCAAGACAGGUACGAAGGUUCAUCAACCACAGGAGUGGCUGUACCCCACUGUGCCUGGCUUGCCACAUGGGGCCAUGUCAGGAGCAUGAAGGUCCUCUUGGCCCAUGGGGCAGACAUGGACAGCCUGGACCUGAAGCCUCAAACCCCACUUUUCACAGCUGUCAGCAACAGCCACCCAAAGCUGCCGAAGUGGGCUGCCAGCUUGGUGUUUUUUUCUGGUCCCCUCUACCCCAUCACCAUGUACAGGCACCUGGAGUGCUUUAAGAUGCUGUUGCUUUACAGUGCUGAUCCUGACUAUAAUUGCACGAGGGUGAUCACCCGGAUCAAGGAGCCCAAGACUGUGCUGGAAACCUGCAGGUACAGCUGCAGGAGAGAGUUCAUCGAGCUGCUCACUGACUUUGGAGCCAAUGUGUACAUGCUCAACACCAUGGUAGGCAAGACAGCACCCAACAGUGAGGGGCUGGAGCUGCUGCUGCAGGGGAGAGGUAUCAGUAACAAACCUCUCACUGAAUUCAGUGAAAAGGGGAUUGGUCUUUAA